AUGGGCCUGAAGGGGGAGAAGACAUGGGAAGGUCCUAAGCUUCGACUUUGUCCAGGUUUUGAUGGGACAAAAUAUGGCCUUGAACAACCUUUUGAAGCAAUAGCAGUGAGGGGACUGCCACCUAUACAGUACCUUGGAUAUAUAACUCAGAAGAUGCUGAAACAGCUGGGAAAGCCUUGGGAGGCCGAUGGUAAGACGCUCUGGAGGCCCGGCCGCUCCAGCGGCCUGUGCAGAGGGGCUGCCUGCGGGCCCAGCGGCAGGGCCAGGUCGGACCGGUCAGCUGCGGCCUCGGAGGGAGGAGGGCAGCCAAACGCCGACUCGGAGGCAGCUGCUGACGCUCUGGUUUGGGCUACCUUGCAGAGAAACGUGAAGCGCAACGGGAGCAGGAGCUGUUUGAACAGGAGUCGGUUUGGUUCCCGCGAGAGGGACUGGCUGAAAGAGGACAUCGGACGAGGCUGCGUGUGUGUUUAUGGAGGAGAUUCUGCAGCUACUGCUUCUUCAGACUUGCGCUUGGUCCUCUGUACAGUGGACACCCUAGCAUCUGAGAUAUGCGAUGGAGAAGGGAGGAAAAACCUCUUUUUGCAACUCCACGGAGACCUGGUCAGGAGGCUGGAGCCCACAGAAAAACCCCUUCAGAUUGUGUAUGACUACUUGGCUGGGUUGGGUUUUGAUGAUCCAGUCAGAAUUCAGGAAGAGGCAGCAAACUCUGAUCUCAGCUGUAUGAUUCGCUUUUACAGUGGUAAGAAAUUGUGCAGACUUGUUUUGUUUUCAAUUCUCCCUUUGCAGGUGGAAGAGAUGAAACGUCGGCAGUACACACUUGCUUUCACAUCUGCUGGAGCACAAGCUCAAACAUACCAUGUUUCCUUUGAAACGCUGGCAGAGUGCCAGCGGUGGCACCGACAGGCAUCCACGGUUGUGUCUAUGCGACUUAGCAUGGUUGAUCUUUCAUGCUACAGCCUUGAGGAAGUACCUGAGCACCUCUUCUACAGUCAAGACAUCAUCUACCUCAACCUACGACACAAUUUUAUGAGAUCAAGUGGAGCAGGGAGUCUUGACUCUCUUUGCAGGUUUUCUCAGUUGAAGAGCCUGAAUCUGUCUCAUAAUAGACUCGGAGAGUUUCCUGUAUCACUGUGCGAGAUCUCUACUCUGACAGAGCUUAAUAUUUCCUGUAAUGGACUUCAUUACUUGCCAAGCCAGAUUGGCAAACUGUUGAAUCUCCAGACCUUCUGGCUUGAUGGGAAUUUCCUCACAUCCUUACCAGAAGAACUGGGAAGUCUGCAACAGCUCAGCUGUCUUGGACUUUCCUUCAAUAACUUCUGUGAACUGCCAGCAAUUUGUGAGAAACUCAUCAUCUUAGACAAACUAGCCCUGGCAGGGAACUUGCUAGAGACCCUGGACCUUGCAGUGCUGAACCGAAUGAGUCACAUCAAAAGUGUGGACCUGAGGCUGAACAACCUGAAGAGAGCAGCAGCUGACACUCUGGAGGGGAACAAGUCUGUGACUUACAUGGAUUUACGAGACAAUCAGAUGACAGAUCUGGAUCUGAGCUCCUUGGGCAGCCUGGAGCAGCUGCACUGUGAGCGGAAUAAGCUGAAAGAGUUGACACUGAGUGGCUUCUCCCUUCGGGCCCUUUAUGCCAGCAGCAACUGUCUGACAGCUGUCAAUGUUUAUCCGGUUCCUGGUCAACUGACAUAUCUAGAACUCUCUCACAAUCAACUGCAGUGUGUCCCAGACUGGGCCUGUGAAGCAAAGAAACUGGAAGUUUUGGAUGUGAGCUACAACCUCCUUGUGGAGCUUCCAUCGAGGAUCCUCAGAAGCUUGAGCCUUCGGAAGUUGAUGGUGGGGCACAAUCGUCUGCAGAGCCUUCCACCUCUUCCAGAACACAUUCCACUGGAGGUGCUGGACCUUCAGCACAACCUGUUGACUAAACUCCCUGAGAUGCUCUUUGUCAAGGCUCUGAACCUCAGGUACCUGAAUGCAUCUGCAAACAGCCUGGAGUCCUUGCCCUCUGCAUGUACAAGGGAGGAGAGUCUGAGCAUGCUGCAGCUGCUUUACUUGACCAAUAAUAACCUCACAGAUCAAUGCAUCCCUGUCUUGGUGGAACACCCGAGCCUACGGAUCCUGCAUCUGGCAAACAACAACCUACAGACUUUCCCCGCAAGCAAACUCGGUAAGCUGGAGCACUUGGAAGAGCUGAAUCUGAGUGGCAACAAACUGAAAACGAUUCCCACAACAGUGGCAAACUGCAAGCUACUUCAUACACUUAUUGCACACUCUAAUGAAAUCAGCAUCUUUCCAGAGAUCCUGCAUUUGCCCCGUAUUCAGUUUGUGGACUUGAGCUGCAAUGAGUUAACUGAAAUCCUAAUCCCUGAGGCACUGCCAGGUGCCUUGCAGGAGUUGGACCUGAGCGGAAACACAAACCUGGUGCUAGAGCACAAGACACUGGACAUCUUCAGUCACAUUACCACGCUGAAGAUUGAUGCUAAGCCCUCCCUUACGGCAGACUCAGCACUCACUUCUACCUUCUGGAGUCACGGAGUAGCUGAGAUGGCAGGCCAAAGAAAUAAGCUGUGUGUGUCAUCCCUGGCACUGGGGAGCUUUGCAGAGGGGAUGGAGGCUGUGUAUGGCAUGUUUGAUGGUGACAAGAACGAGGAGCUGCCACGCUUGCUGCAGUGCACCAUGGCCGAUGUGCUCCUGGAGGAGGUACAGCAGUCAGACACCAUGUUCAUGUCCAACACCUUCUUGGUCUCCCACAGGAAGCUGGGCAUGGCUGGGCAGAAGCUGGGUUCCUCUGCUGUCCUUUGCUAUAUUCGUCAUGAUGUGGCUGAUCCAGCCAGCAACUUUUCUCUGAUGGUGGCCAAUGUGGGGACGUGCCAAGCCAUUCUGUGCCGAAGUGGAAAACCACUGCCUCUCUGCAAAGUCUUUAGCCUUGAACAAUGUUCAGAAGAAGCCAAGAGAGUCAAGGAGCAAAAAGCCAUUAUAACAGAGGACAAUAAGGUCAAUGGUGUGACUUGCUGUACUCGGAUGCUGGGCUGCACAUACUUGCAUCCUUGGAUCCUGCCCAAACCACAUGUCAGUUCCAUUCCACUGACUGUACAAGAUGAGCUGCUACUUCUAGGCAACAAAGCUCUCUGGGAACAUCUUUCUUAUACAGAGGCUGUCUCAGCCGUGCGCCACCUACAUGACCCACUAGCUGCUGCAAAGAAACUCUGCACUUUAGCCCAAAGCUAUGGUUGCCAAGACAACGUAGGUGCAAUGGUGGUAUGUCUCAACAUCAGCGAGGACAGCUGCACAUGUGAGAUGCAUGGCCUCACUCUGCCAGGUCCUGGGGGAUUUAGUUCCACCACCACCAAGCCAGCAACACCUUCAUCUAGCAGUGGAAUUGCUUCAGAGUUCAGCAGUGAACUGUCUGCUUCUGAGGUUAGCAGUGAGGUGGGCUCUACUGCUUCAGAUGAACACAAUGCUGUUGGUCUCGAUGGCAGUUUGCUACCACGACAAGAGCGACGUUGCAGCUUACAUCCUGUGCCCCCCUCAAGCAUCUUUCAGCGCCAACCUUCCAGUGCCACCUUCUCUAGCAACCAGUCUGACAAUGGUCUGGAUAGCGAUGAUGAGCAGCCUGUGGAAGGUGUGAUAACAAAUGGCAGUAAAGUGGAGGUAGAGGUGGACAUCCACUGCUGUAAAGGAAAGGGCCUGGAGUUUGAACUUCCUGCUGCAGAGUACAGCUCCUCUGCUCCAGGGCCAGAGGAUGACUCUGGGCUUGUCCUCAUCAUUCGGAGACAGAACAGUGUAAACAGCAACACUGUGCAGAGAGGGGUCAAGGAAAAGUGUGAACUGCAAAAAUCUCUUUCCACAUGCUGUCUCUAUGGAAAGAAGCUUUCCAAUGGCUCCAUAGUGCCCUUGGAGGAGAGCCUCAACCUCAUCGAAGUAGCCACAGAGGCACCCAAGAAGAAGACAGGCUAUUUUGCUGCUCCAUCCCAGAUGGAGCCAGAGGAUCAAUUUGUGGUGCCGCCUGAUCUGGAGGAGGAAGUGAAGGAACAACUGAAGCAGCACCAGGAGAAUGGAGCAGAUCAGGACAAGAAAGAGGAACAUGUAGCAGCUCUGCCAGAGGAGUUUGACACAGCUUUGUAACUCUACAAGUACUGCUCCCACAUUGUCUGUCCCAGGAAGCUCUGUCCCAUAAGGGCUGUCUUGCCCUCCAAGGGGAGCUGGGAUCUGCAAGGAGUACAGGCAUCUGCUGCUUCGUUAAUGGAGUCGAGGAAGAAUUGGGAGUGCUAAGGUCUGGGCUGUCCACUUUCCACUGUAGAGUUUCAGUUGUUCUAUGAGCACUCAGACCAGCAGCUGAGCUCUUUGGUAGGGACUGUCUGGAAAUUGUGCAAGCACUAGGAAGAAGGCAGGUGUUCCAACACCUGCCUGUAACUCCUUGAACCCUGAGGUUCUGCCAGCUCUGCAGGAAAGGGGCUGGCAUAUGUGCGCGUGGGGAGAGGAGGCUGCUGAGGGGGCAAUGUUCAGUGUUUGGAGUCCUGUGAAUAUUUCUGAUGCAGCCGCCCCCCAGCACCUGACUUUGUUACUCCUUGAAAGAAUACAGCCAGUUGCAAUGAAGCUGACCCAAGAAUGGUUUCCUACAUUAAUUGCAAGCACUUUUAUUGAUUGCACUUAAGCUGUUCUGCUCCCCUUCAGCCCAGCACUUUAUUAUUUAGGGUUAGGGGAUAGAGCACUCCACAGCAGGUGUGGUGGGGGCUUUUCCCAAUGGAUGUUGUUAGGGCAGUGGAAGUCUCAGGGUACCAGUGUUCUGAUGAGCACUGGUGCAGGGUAGAGUGAGGGUUAUGAUUGGAUCAGCCUAUGCAGGAUGAGAAAAUACACAGCUGAGUGAUAAGCAGGUGCCUACUGAUGCAUUUUAGAUGGAGCAUAGGAAAGAUCAGCUCUGGACUUGUUGAUUAAGGUAAUGUGUAGAGCUAGUGCUUCUAGCUGCAGAGCACAGACCCAGCUCAGCAGCAACUUGGCCACCUCCAUCAUGGAUGCUUUACAGUAGAGGCUUCCUGUGUCCAGGAGACAUGAGAUGAAACCCGGAGCUCACGCUUGUCUCAGUGAGGUACUCCAUCUAAGAGGAAACCAAGUUGUAAGCAGUGGUAUGCCGCUCUAAGGCUAGUGAGCAGUGGGGCUGCCCUUUGUAUGCUGGGGAAGCGUUCAGUGCUCUGUUCCACCACCAUAAUAAACCUCUGCACUGUCAGCUACAGCAUCUUUGCUUGCCUCUGAAAACAGGAGUCAUAUUCCAAAUCCAUAGCAACCUGCAUUUCAUGGUACAUGCCCAAUUUGGCCACAAACAAGGUGAAAGCAUACUUGUUUCUGUUUAGCUUUCAAUGCAAAAGGAAAAAUAGAACUUUUCACCUUAGUAACAUCUUUAUCAGCACUGGAAAAGAUGUUUAAAACACUCCCACUAGUUGUGAACUGGCCAGUCUGCACUCGGCAGAUGCAUUGUGUUUCCAUUAGGAUUUUUGGUGCAGGGUCUAAGUUGGCUGCCUAUGUCGUCAUCUUGUGUAAGGGUUGUGAAAAGACCACUGCCCCUGUAGCGUGCAGAUCUGUCUUCCUUAGCUGACAGAGAGCUGGACAGCAGCUGCCCCGCUCAAGUCAGUGGUGCAAUAAUCCUGACUGUAAUGUGGGCUAGUGCCUUUUCUUCUUUAUUAAUUAUAUUUAUGAAGAAAACUUGAAAGUUUCUUCUCAAGAGCUCUGAGGGGCUUGAGCUGUAUAUUUUUGGAUCAAAUUCAGGCCUUGCUCAGAAGAAAAUACUGUGCAGACUACUUGUGGGAUUCUGUCAAUAUAGAUCUUUUGAUAAAAUCUAGUGGAGUUUUACUGACAUUUCAAAGCACCUUGAAUUUCUUCUCACUAGGAAAAAAAUCAUAGAAUCAUAGAAUAGUUUGGGUUGGAAGGGACCUCUA